CAACAUUACCAUUAAAAUAUCUUUAAGAAUUUUCCACACGCCAUUGUUCGAAGCAGCAAAAAAUUAUCAUAAAAUAUUUCAGUAUUGAGGUGUUAAGUUCUCCCUAAGCGAUAAUUACUUGAUAUCCAAAUCAUGGGAACUGAAGGCGGAAAAAGGUUAUCGGAACUGAGAGUGUGUGACUUAAAAGUAGAAUUAGAAAAGCGUUCCCUUGAAACGACAGGAGUCAAAAUGGAUCUCGUCAAACGUUUACAAGAGGCUCUCAUCGAAGAGAAUAUUGACCCAGAUGACCACAUAUUCACAUUGGAAGUCGGUUCGCCGAAGAAGCGUCUCAAUUCCAGCCAAAAGUCUGACAAUACCAAUGGUGAUGAGUCAUUCAUUUUGGAAGCGUCGGGCGAAGAAGGCUUAGACACUGACGAUUUAAUAGUAAAGGAUGAAGCUGAUGACGAUGAUGACGAGAUCGUCGAUGAGGUCGGAGAAAUCGACAAGGAAUCGUUUGUCGAUGAAUUGGAAAAAAGUAGCAGCGACAUUCAACGGUUGAAUAACGAGGCCAACAACGGAGAGAAUGAAGAUUCGUUGAAUUUGACGAUUGGUGAAGAUGAAGAGAAAAUAUUCCAAGAUGAGGACACUGAGGAAAAAUCUAAGGAGAAGCCAGCAGAGAAAGCGGAAAAGGAAACAACGGACGUAUCGAAAUCAACGACAGCUGGGACAAAGGUUUCCAAUGAGAAUGGCGACGAUAAAUCUAGCAACAAGGCGUCCGCUGACAAAGAGGAUGCAAAAUCGGCGAAAAAGGAUGAUAGCGAUCAGAAGACGUCGACAACGAAAUCGUCUACCAAAGAUGACAAAGAAACCGCCUCCAAAUCGUCCAAAACCAAAGCAUCAUCCUCAUCAUCCGGUUCGCGUAAUCUAUGGGUGUCUGGUCUGUCAUCUUUGACCCGAGCCACAGACCUGAAAAUCAUUUUCUCCAAGUACGGAAAAGUGGUCGGGGCCAAAGUGGUAACGAACACACGUACACCGGGCACGCGUUGCUAUGGUCUGGUCACAAUGGGUUCCACCAGCGAUGCGUCGAAAUGUAUCGAACAUUUACAUCGGACCGAAUUGCAUGGUCGCAUCAUUUCGGUGGAACGAACCAAGUCCGACAUUUGUGUAUCGAAGCCGACCAAGGCUGAUGGUGAAAAGAAGGCGGACACUGCAUCUGAUCGCAAGAAAACGGAAAAGGAGGUGAAGAAAGACGACUCGACCGCUGGCAAAGAGUCGUCCGUCAAUGGUGACAAGCCGGCUGACGCAAAGAAACGUGAAGUAACGGCUGAACGCAAACGAGAAAAUGCACAUCCUCAACGGCAGCGAAUCACCGCCCGUAUUUCACGCGAACAGAACGAAGCAUCGUCAGCACCACGACGACCACCACAUCGUCCGCGACCGGCCACAGGUGAUGUUUUAUCAUUCCAGAAAAUUCGCGAUGAACGUGAACGUCAGUUGACGAAUCAACGGUUGAGAGAACGUGAACGCAAAUUGAGAGAAGAGGAACGUCGACGAGUGGAGGCACGCCGGCGUCAACGUGAAGAGGAAGAGCGAUUGUUACGCGAACGGGAACGAUUGAAGAAGGAACGGCUACGUCUCGAACGGGAGAAGGCCGACUUGUUGCGAUUGGAAAGGGAACGACAGAAAUUGGAAAGAGAAAAAAUUGAACUGGAACGGUUGGAGCUGAAACGGCAGCAGCUAAAAAUCGAGGAAGCUAAGCGAGCGAUUAAACGACCAGCUGAACAUGAUCGCUAUGCGGAUUCUGAUCGGAAACGUUCUGCAAGUGAUCGUCGAUUCGAACCACCACCACCGCCACGUUUCGAUACCAGCAUAAGCAGCCGAUCAAGCGCUUACGACAGCCGUUCGUCCGAUAAGAAGCGCCUCGAUGACUAUUCAACAUCCAAACGGGAUGAUUACAAGCGUGAUGAAUACAAACGAGAUCCGUUCAAACGUCCCGUUUCCGACUAUCCGAAGCGUGAUCUGGACUCCGCCAGGCACACAACUUCUAGUUCAUACGAUGCAAGAUCCGUUCCGGUGCACCGAAGUGACGCAAUCAGUUCGUCGUCAUCGAAAGACCGUUACGCCAUGGGACCGUCACAGAGCAGUUUCAACAGUCGUGUACGAGACGAACGAGACACUCGUGCCUCAAAUUUGCCGACUAAAUCUCGCUAUUUGGAUAGCACAUCAUCGGACAGCCGUUAUCCCGAUGAACGAAGUGGUGGCGCAUCGUGGGGUUCCAGUGUUCCAUCGUCGACAGUGAAGCCAUUCAGUCAUAUGCAAUCGGUCGCUGGUAAUGAUCCAUGGGGUCAGAAUAAAACCGAUUCGAGCUGGCGUUCACUCGAUCAGAAUGAGGACCGUUAUGAUCGUACGUACAACGAGCGAAAAUCGCAGGUGACAUCGUCACAAUACAUCGAUCCGCCGAGACAGAAUUCGUUCAUCGGACGUCCGCAAGAUCGUUACAACAGUCAAAUAUCGUCACGAUUCGAAAAUGGCCGAUUUUAGGGGAGGUCGGAAUAAAUGGGGGUUUUUCUAGUGGGAAAGAGAGUCGACGACCAUAACAUCAAGUUGAAUGUUUUGUUUCAUCUCUUUUUUACGUUGACAUUAGAAUUGUAUAACAAGAAAUUAUUGCAGCUCGGAAAUAUAGGAGCCACACACACAUACUGUAUCUAAUCAAUAGAAUAAAAUCGAAGAAUCUUUCGAUUUGUUGGAAUUAUUUUAAAUAGAUUUACAUUUGAAUAAAUGUUGCAUUAUUCAGCUGAAAA